GCCGAAGCCCUCCCAAGUAAAUUCGACGCGUGCUCUCCUCCCAUUCCUGGUUUUGGCCUUAUAACCACCCCACCCUUCUCUAAUCAAUCAAACGCCGUUCCGUUCCGUUCUCCUCUUGCUCCCAAUUCCACUUGUGUUCAUCACAUCGGUAACAAAUUCUCUCUUUUCUUCGCAGAAUUUCGGUUAGAAUCUUUUUUUCCCUUUCUAGAAUCAUAAAUUCCUUUUUCAUCAGUUUCGAUUAUAAUUGACCGUAUCGUACGGUGAAUAAGGGCGUUUGGUCCGGUGAGACAUGGCGUCGUUGAUGACGAAUCCAGUGGCGAACACGACAAAUUUUGAUCGUAUCAAAAGGAAAAAGAAGAAGAACUCGAUGAUGAAAGAAAAUCAACGCCACGAGCCGACUCACGCCGCUUGGAAAUCAGAGGCGCAGCAGCAAAUCUAUUCCUCGAAGCUUCUCCAAGCCUUGAGCCAAAUCAAUCUCAAUGGUACUACUAAUCCUAAUUCCCCUACGGCUCCGCGCGGCGGUCGCGCCGUCCGUGAAGCCGCCUAUAGGGCCUUGGCCGUCGCUGCUAGAGGGAGGACGAGGUGGAGCCGCGCCAUUUUGACGAGCCGGCUUAAGCUGAAAUUUCGGAAGCAGAAGAGAUCGGCGCACGGAGGAUCCACCGCCGCUGCCGUGGCUGCCGUGACCAGGACCAGCCGGUCGAGGAAACCGAGAGUUAGCGUUUUGAAAUUGAAAGCGAAGAGUGUGCCGACCGUUCAAAGGAAAGUAAAGGUUCUUGGCAGAUUGGUUCCCGGUUGCCGCAAGGAACCGUUACCGGUAAUUCUUGAAGAAGCGACUGACUACAUAGCGGCUCUCGAGAUGCAGGUUCGAGCCAUGAGCGCCCUCGCCGAUCUGUUAUCUGGUUCCGGUGCCGCUAGCUCUAGCUCGGCUCCUCCGCCGACUGGCCACUGAUGCUUUUUUAUUCACUUAAAUGCCAAAUGCCAAGGGUG